CGUGCGGCGUAAAUUGCAGGUGUAUUAUGGUCAAAGAUCGUUGAUUGUUUAAGAAUUCGAUUUAUUUUUAUAUAUCAGUACGGAGCCAUUGAUUUUUUGGAAGGCUUGCAAAUCGCUUAGAAUUUAAUGGCCUUGGUGUAAAAUUCAUAGGCCACCUUACUUAGUCAUGAGUGAAAGUCCUUCCAUAGAUCUUCAUGAGAAGAAUAAAGAUACAGCAGUCAACGGAAAUGCAUUCACAGAUAUUUUAUAUGAGGCGAUCGCUGAUGUAUUGCAAAAAACAAUUCAGGAAAUAAGACAGGAUGUUUUGGAAUACGUUAACCACCGCAUUAAUAACAUGAUGUCUGACGUUCAUCAGAAGAUAGCAGUACCUUUGGCAAAAAAUGGAGAAUUGCUAUAUAGAACAGACAAACAUCGUGACAAAAGAGAAUCCAGCAAAAAAGGCGCACUACCGAAUAAGGAGUUCCUCGAAAGAAACUCAUUGCUCACUGAUCUCUUCAACAUCCCGCAUAUUCGCACAGUUUACAAUGUAUUCAUGAUGACUUUCCUACUUUUCCUUCUCAACUCCAUCGCAUGCGAUAUUAUAGAGUAUGGAACGAUCCGCGUUGGCACCAACACUUUACGGUAUGCCUUUGCAAAGUUCCCAACGUGCAUCUUCAUUUGGUCAUUCAUGCAGGCCUCGACAUUCGGUGUCUAUGCGGCUUUCACCCUCUGGGCGUACCGGCGACUUCAAUUCUUGCCAAAAUCUUCCCUCCAAAAAUUAUGGGAUUACAGCUGGCUAUUAAUAUUUAUAUUGUAUCAAAUUCUCUUUAUUAUUUGUCCUAUUAAGGCGAUGCUCGGCGCGAAUCUCUCCAUAUGUUGUAGAAUGAUUAUAAUGCUGGAACAAAUACGUAUGAUAAUGAAGUGUCACGCUUUUGUCAGAACCGUAGCAUCUAGAUUUUUGUCAUAUAAACCUCACAGCGAAAUUCCGCCACCGAAUGAGCCCAGAUUCUCGCAAUAUUUAUAUUUCCUUUUCGCACCAACUCUUGUGUACCGCGACGAAUAUCCCAGGACAAAAAGAGUUAGAUGGAUGGUAGUAAUUCGUAAUUUUGUUGAAUUUGGCCUAUCAAUUUUCUAUCUCGCCUUUAUCUUGGAAAGCCUGAUAUUACCGGCCUACCACGUAUUCGGCACGCAACAUCUGGAUUGGAAAUGGUACGUCAAGAAUACCAUCAAGUCUAGUUUUCCCGGCAUUUGCUUCCUUGUCACCAUAAAUUAUCUCCUGCUGCAUACAUGGAUGAACGCUUGGGCGGAAAUACUGCAGUUUGCCGAUCGAUUGUUUUACAAGGACUGGUGGAACAGCACGACUUACUACACAUUCUUCCGCACGUGGAACGUGGUAGUACACGACUGGCUGUACACGUAUAUUUAUAAGGAUAUGUACGAAAUCGUGAUACCAUACAAUCGGAUGUUGUCAGCUACUACUGUGUUCUUCAUCUCUGCCAUCGUCCACGAGUACAUACUCGCGUUUACCUUCGGUUUCUUCUAUCCUGUAAUAUUUAUCUUAUUUAUCACCAUUGGUUUUCCCAUGUUCUUCAUCCGUAAGAAUUUCAGCAACCUCUUUAUGUGGUUGAGCUGGAGCCUUGGCACCGGUAUUAUUUUCAGCCUACACGCGAUAGAGUUAUAUGCUCGGAAACUGUCUAUCUCAUCCCAAUUACUACCUAGACCUAUUCAUACCGCGAAGCUGGAGCUGUCAGGAACAAUUUAACACGUAAAUUUUUUCCAUUUGCAUGGGCAAUGAAAUCAAAAGAUUAUUAAA